GGAGGCGCCGCCAUUAUUCCAUCAGGCUGCAGCGGUCAGCAGAUAUUACAGUCGCGGUUUUAAUUAUGGCUGAAAGCGACGCAGGACAAUAUCGUUAAGGGAAACCACUUUCUAGUUACUAACAAGAGGAAGCAUCUGCGGCACGGUGGGAACGUGAACUUGGUUGCUGCAUAGGAUGGAAAGGGCUUCGGACAUGAGUUUGUCAGAUGAGGAGGAUUAUGCGGAUAUCCGGGCCUAUUUCUCCAAGGCUGAAUGGGUUCGGCUGCAGAGAUGCGAGAAGGUGCACUACAGGAACAUGAAGAGGAACCACCAGGCCAUGUUGGAUAUGGGGCUGAAUUCCACCACCCCAGUGUUCAUGAGAAGCAGCCGAUCCAGCGGGGUGAUGACGGAGAGGUUGGGCGGCGACAAAUGCAGCAAUUCGGAGGAGUGGACUUCUCACCUUCUGAGAAGGAGCCCUGGGGACAAGGCGAGUGGAGCAUCCAGGAGUUUCCAGCCUACAUCCAGGCGGUCCGGUCAGAGCAGAACCCUUGCUGUGGGAUCAGAGUCAUGUGCUACAGACCAGGGAAAGAGGCAGACGUCUUCCUGCAGUAACACCACCUGCCAUACAAACCAGCAACCUUCCCAGCAGGGUGUCAGAGAGGUUAAAAAAGAGGAGGGGGAAUACCUGAUAUCUGAGGGUGAAGGGACUGCGAAUGAGAGCCCCCCCAAGAAGGUGAAGGGUGCAGCGGUUCAGGAUGUGACUGAGGUGGAGCUGAUUGGUUCUCUUCUGUUAGUUACUGGUGGGCGGAGCAAACAGUGUGCGAAACCUCCAAACCCAGCAAGGAGAAUGAAUGAAUCUUACCCCAAAGAGUAUGUCAGACAACUGAGGGCUGGAACUGUCAACACAAACCAGGAUUCCCCAACUUCUGCUGGCCCCAGUGCCGCUCAGCCCAGUAAAGACACACUCAGUACCUUGGCAGAAGCCAAUACAGACACACUGACAGCACAGCAGGGUUCCCAGGGUAAGAAGACUUUCAAUAUAAACAGAGACUGUAAAAUACACAGGCAGACUCGCACAAAGAAGUCCCAUCGGUGUUCUGAGUGUGGGAAGAGCUUCAGUCGUUUAGGAAACCUAAAGACUCACCAACGGAUUCACACAGGGGAGAAGCCCUACCAGUGCACCCAGUGUGGGAAGAGCUUUAAUCAGUUAGGAACCCUAAAGACACACCAACGGAGUCACACAGGAGAGAGGCCCUACCAGUGCACCCAGUGUGAGAAGAGCUUCAGUAUUUUAGGAAAGCUAAAGACACACCAGCAGAUUCACACAGGAGAGAGGCCCUACCAGUGCUCCCACUGUGAGAAGAGCUUCAGAUAUUUAAGUCACCUGAAGAGACACCAGUGGAUUCACACAGGAGAGAGGCCCUACCAGUGCUCCCAGUGUGGGAAGAGCUUCAGUGAUUUAGGAAACCUAAAGACACACCAGCGGAUUCACACAGGAGAGAGGCCCUACCAGUGCUCCCAGUGUGGGAAGAGCUUCAGAUAUUUAAGUCACCUGAAGACACACCAGCGGAUUCACACAGGAGAGAGGCCCUACCAGUGCUCCCAGUGUGAGAAGAGCUUCAGUCAAUUAAGUCACCUAAAGACACACCAGCGGAUUCAUACAGGAGAGAGGCCCUACCAGUGCUCCCAGUGUGGAAACAGAUUUAAUGAGUUAAGAAGCCUAAAGAGUCACCAGCGGAUUCACACAGGAGAGAGGCCCUACCAGUGCUCUCAGUGUGGAAAAAGAUUCAGAGAGUUAGGACCCCUAAAGAAGCACCAGCGGAUUCACACAGGGGAGAGGCCCUACUAGUGCUCCCAGUGAUUUUUCUUGAUUAGGAUACUUUGAGACACACCACCAGACCCACACAGUUCAGUCAGUCCAAUAAAUGUUUGUUCUUGAAUUUUUCUAAAUUGUAUUUCUGAAAUACCUGUAUGUUGGGUCCCCCUCAUUAGUCCUGUUGAUGUUUAGGAUUUAUUUGACAAAGAUUCAGAGGCAGUGUUUUUUGAUUGUUGGAAUAUAUUGUGAAGGUAGUCUUUGACUGCAAAGCAGUUUUAUAAACUGUGAAAUUGCACGGUUGUGUAUUUUACAGAAGAUGAUUCGGGUUACGUGAAAUAAAAUUCAGAAUUUCUGUAAAUUUUUCUGUUUGAAA